AUGUUGUAUGAAUUGAUUGCCGUUGUCCGUCCGGGCAGUCUCAACGAGGUUCGGGAGAUCGCUCGUAAUGCCGGCAUUCAAGUCCUCCGAUCAGGCGGCGUAGUCCGCGGAUACACAAACUGGGGCACCUUCCGACUGCCCAAACCCACCACCAAACACCAAGCUCGAUACACCGACGGCCACCACUUCAUCAUGCGCUUCGAUGCUUCAGGCCCUGUUCAGUCCGCCGUACGCAGAACCCUCAGUCUCGACCCGCGUAUGAUCCGAUUCUCAGUCGUGAAGUUGGGCGACAAGCUCGAGGAGAUCAAGGACGUGGAGGGAAAGGUUGAAUGGACCAAUGCUCGCAAGCUCGCCGACUCGAUUUGA